AUGCCCACCAGCUCGGGGACAGGGUGCCAGGGCCACCUUGCUUGCGCUGCUGGCCUCAGCCUGGCCGUCCCAGUGCUGCUGGCGGUGCCUCCCCGCAGUGCCGUGGCGCCGCGUGCCCAAUUCCUCCUCGUCUUCAGCUGCCUGGUGCUGUCGGUCUUCUCCACCAUCCAGGAGCACCAGAAAUUGGCCAACCGGUGCCUCUUCAUCCUGACCUCGGCGCUGCGCAGCAUGCGCUUCCUGCAGAUCCUGCGCAUGGUGCGCAUGGACCGUCGCGGCGGCACCUGGAAGCUGCUGGGCUCUGUCGUCUACGCCCACAGCAAGGAGCUCAUCACCGCCUGGUACAUCGGCUUCCUGGUGCUCAUCUUCUCCUCCUUCCUCGUCUACCUGGCUGAGAAGGAUGCCAACGCCCAAUUUGCCACCUACGCCGACUCCCUGUGGUGGGGCACGGUCACCCUCACCACCAUCGGCUACGGGGACAAGACGCCGCAGACGUGGCUGGGACGGAUGCUGGCGGCCGUCUUCGCCCUGCUCGGCAUCUCCUUCUUCGCGUUGCCCGCCGUGAGCGGGGCUGGGGAGAGGUUUAAUUUCUCCAUGUUUUUAUUUAACCCCAACCCCAGAGAGCUGGUCCUAAUGUUUGAGCAUUUGCACCGAGUCCACAACGGAGGAUUUAGGAAUUCAGAGGUGAAAAAGUUGCCCGACGGAGCCCCACCGCCUUAUCACUCCUUCACCCCUGGCCAGAAAAGCAUCAUCCCUGCCGCUUCCGACUGCCUGCCGGAGGACAGCAGUGAGGAGAAGGCCUCCCACUGUGACCUGACCUUUGAGGACAUCAUGCCAGCAGUGAAGACCCUCAUCCGGGCUGUUAGGAUCCUGAAGUUCCUGGUGGCCAAGAGGAAGUUCAAGGAGACCUUGCGUCCCUACGAUGUCAAGGAUGUCAUCGAGCAGUACUCGGCCGGCCACCUGGACAUGCUGGGCAGGAUCAAGAGCCUGCAGAUGCGCGUGGACCAGAUUGUGGGCAGGGGGGCCCCCGCUGCGGACAAGAAGAUGCGGGAGAAGGGGGAGAAGCCGGCGCUGGAGACGGAGCUGGUGGACGAGCUCAGCAUGAUGGGUCGCGUGGUCAAAGUGGAGAGGCAGGUGCAGUCCAUCGAGCACAAGCUGGACCUGCUGCUCGGCGUCUACUCCCAGUGCCUCCGCAAGGGCUCCAUGAACUCCUUCAGCCUGGCUGCUGUGCAGGUGCCCCCCUGCGAGCCUGACAUCACCUCCGACUACCACAGCCCCGUGGACCACGAGGACAUCUCGGUCUCUGCCCAGACCCUGAACAUCUCCAGGUCGGCCAGCGCCAACAUGGACUGA